AUGUUCAAUAUUGCGAGUAUUCUUCAGUCGGCGUCGUUGAAAAACGGUAGGUUAAUUUGAACUGAUGUUAUACUAGAUCUGCUCAUUCGUUUUCCAAGAUAUCCUUUACUUUUACGCAAUAAAGCCUGUUUAAAUUAGCCGGCGCUUGCCAAUCACAUAAACUGGCUGAACUUUCUUUGAAGAGACCGUUGUUUUGAGGGCAUGACCCCCAAUAAUUAUCCUUAGAUAUCACUGUUGUUAUGUAUAUUAUAUGCCUUUCUCUUAUGCGCAACUUUUGCUUUCUUUGUCGGCUCUUUUGAAAGCCUUCAGGAUCCAUUUUUCCUUACUUUUUUCUGCUUCAUUGUUCGUUUUCAGAAUGCCCAGAAAACAGUCCGACAACUUCCGAGGAGUUCAGUAUGUCGUUGAAUAUCUCAGCCGACGCCCCUUCCAACCUGGACAACUCCAAUUCUCCUCGAGCGGAUUCAGAAUCGGACACAAUCUCCACUUCUCCAGAUGAACCCAGUUUUCUGGGAGAUUAUGCAAACAUGGAAGCAGCGAAGCCGGACAAAGAUGGGAAACCCAAGUUCAGCUACAAUGCCUUGAUCACGAUGGCAUUGAAGGACAGCCAAAGUGGGAAGUUAACGCUGAAUGGAAUCUACGAAUACAUUAUGGACAGAUUCCCUUUUUAUAGGUGAGAUUAAAUCUUAUUCUUGUUUAUCUAAUCAUUUUUUACUGACUUCAUCAGCCAGCUUUCGUUUCAGGGCCAACAAACGCGGAUGGCAGAACAGUAUCCGUCACAACCUCUCUUUGAAUAAAUUUUUUGUCAAAGUCCCCAGGAACUACGAUGAUCCAGGCAAAGGGAACUAUUGGACUUUGGAUAAGAACUGCAAAGAUGAGAUUUAUAUAGGGCCAAAUACCGGGAAGCUUCGACGAAAACCUAACCGCCAUCGGAAUUCCCAUCUGACUUUCGCCUCUCCAUCAAGCCAGAUUAAUCAUGACUAUCCGAACACUUACAUCGAUCAGAUAUCGCGGAACUCCCAGAACUUCCUCAACAUUCUCCAUCAGAUGAAUAUGAGUAAUCUGAGUCCCCCUCAGGGCAUUCCUUUCCCCAGUCCCCCCUAUCUUCCUAAUAAUUUUCACAAUUUGAAUAUAGGAGAUCCUGGCCAAUUCAAUGCUGGCCAUUUGAAUCCCCUUUUAUUCCAAUUACAAUUACAGUUAUUGGCAAAACACGGAGAAAAGCCUUCGUAG